UAGAAAUGUAGGACCCAUUUUAAUACAGUAACCUCCCUUCUCUGACAUGCUGUUCUGAUCCUCAUGCAUGUUAAUGUCUAAAAGAGGAAGGAAAGAACAGUUCUGCAUCAGCUACUUGUGUUCUAUUUUAAAUAUGUGUCAACCACAGAACUGACACUUACUAGCAGUUCCCACUCACUACCAGUCAGUUGACUCACUGUACAAGACCUCUCCCCUUCACUUCACUCUACUGCAGGGUGGGAGAUGCAACAAUGGCCUUGAGAACAGCAGGAAGUGUGUUGGUGGUCUUUCUCUGGUCUGUAACAGUGGUACUGGGUCAGAAUGGCUGGAGUGUGAAAUACACCACUCAGAGUAUCUGUGCCUUGAAGGGGUCAACAGUGGAUCUGUCCUGCUCUUACACAUAUCCCAGAGGUUAUACAGUCACAUCAACCUUCUGGUUCACUAAAUGGCGGACUGGUGUAGAACCUGAAGAUAUAGGUCAGGACCCAGAGAAUGCAGGUCGUCUGGAGUAUCAUGGGGAUAAGAAGAAAGACUGCACCCUGAGAAUCACAGACCUGAGAGAGAGAGACUCAGCUACGUACUGGUUCAGAUUAUUAACAGAUCAGACCAGAGGGAGAUAUUAUGGUGAUCCUGGAGUCACUCUGUCUGUAACAGCUCUGCAGGUGAAGCUGACUCCUUCACAUCGGUCACAGAGGAAGACACUGACCUGUAGAACCACCAGCUGUCAUCUGACUGGUAACCCCACCUACAUCUGGUACAAGAACAGACAGAAUGUACAAGAUAACUCCUCCCCCAUGUACUCCAUCAGCAGUGAGGAUGAAGACAGCUACUACUGUGCUGUAAAAGGCCAUGAGGAUCUCCACUCUCCUGCAGUGUAUAAACCAAAGAACACCUCAGUAUCAGUCAGUCCCUCUGGUGAAUUAGUGGAGGGCAUUUCAGUGAAUCUGACCUGCAGCAGUGAUGCCAACCCACCUGUGGACAAAUACACCUGGUACAAGAAGAAUGGAGGUGGCUGUCAGAGUAAGGCAGGACCACAGCAUGUCUUCAGUCAAAUCCAGUCAUCUGACAGUGGAGAGUACUACUGUGAGUCCCAGAAUGAGAUGGGGACAGACUGGUCUAGGACCAUAAACAUGGAUGUGAAGUAUGGCCCAAAGAACACCUCAGUAUCAGUCAGUCCCUCUGGUGGAAUAGUGGAGGGCAGUUCAGUGACUCUGACCUGCAGCAGUGAUGCCAACCCACCUGUGGACAAAUACACCUGGUACAAGAAGAAUGGAGCUUCACUGACAGGAUCUGAAAAGACAUACCAUUUCACGACCAUCAGCUCUGAGGACAGUGGAGAAUACUACUGUGAGGCUGAGAAUAAAUAUGGACGUCUGAACUCUUCUUCUGUGUCUGUGGACGUUCAAUACGGCCCAAAGAACACCUCAGUGUCAGUCAGUCCCUCUGGUGAAAUAGUGGAGGGCAGUUCAGUGACUCUGACCUGCAGCAGUGAUGCCAACCCAACUGUGGACAAAUACACCUGGUACUUUCAAAAUGAGACUUUUCUAAAUGGAUUUGGACAGAUCUACAACAUAAGUAAGUUCAAGUCUAAGGACAAUGGACAUUACCACUGUGAGGCCUGGAAUGGAAGAGGAUCUAGGAACUCUACAGCUCUGAUGGUCAUUUUACCAGGGAAACAAACAGUUGUGACUGCAGCUGUAGGAAUCAUAGUGGUUGUUCUGGUUCUCAUCCUCUGUCUCUCUGGACUCAUGUGGUUCAGGAAGAAGGCCUCCAAAUCCAUCUCUGACACACGAGACAGAACAGAGAAUGUACAGGGAGACUCUAGUCCAGUGUAUGAAAACGUCUCAGGUAUGGCCAUGACCCCUACUGCAGCACAGACAGCAGCCUCCGUCGACCAGGAUGAUGUUCACUAUGCCAGCGUCCACUUCUCUCGCUUCAAAAUCCAGGAAGUGCCUCUGUACUCCACCGUCCAGCUGCAUCCACCCCAGAAACAGGAAGAGGAUGUCCAGUACGAUGCUGUGAAAUUCAACUGCCCCAGUGCUGCCAACCGACCCACGGCAGCACAAGCAGCUGAGGACUCCUCUGAGAUCUAUAGUAGAGUCAACAAACCCAGAAGACCUGAACACAACAAACCCUGAACCCAGAAGACCUGAACACAACAAACCCAGUACCAAGAGGACCUGAACAGAACAAACCCAGAAGAGCUGAGCACAACAAAGCAAGAAGACCUGAACACAACAAACCCAGAACCCAGAAGACCUGAACACAACAAACCCAGAACACAACAAACCCAGAACACCUGAACACAACAAACCCAGAACACCUGAACACAACAAACCCAGAAGACCUGAACACAAAAAACACAGAACCAAGAGGCCCUGAAAACAACAAACCCAGAACCUAGAAGAGCUGAACACAACAAAGCAAGAAGACCUGAACACAACAAACCCAGAACCCAGAAGAGCUGAACACAACAAACCCAGAACCCAGAAGAGCUGAGCACAACAAACCAAGCAGACCUGAACACAACAAGUUUGACAGAAACCCUGUAUAUCUGGACCUGUCUAGUCCAACUAAGUGUUAUAAUAUUAUAUCACAACAUGCCAUUUAGAAACACUUUUAUCCAAAGAGACUUAUUCUGUGUGGACACAUCUUUCAUGCCGGUGGCCCCAUUGGGAAUUGAACCCAUACACCAGGCUCUACCAACACACAGGGCUACUCUAUUCACACUUAGUUGGAGUGCUGAUCUAGGGUCAGUACCAUGCUCUACCAACACACAGGACUACUGUAUUCACACUUAGUUGGAGAGCUGAUCUAGGGUCAGCACCAUGCUCUACCAACUGAGACACAGGACUACUGUAUUCACACUUAGUUGGAGUGCUGAUCUAGGGUCAGUUUUGCCUUUUAAACUAUGAUGAAUAAGAGGGGGAACCUUGUAAAUAAUUUUUAUGUUAAAUAUUUUCCCAUUCAUUUAAGUAACAUGGAACAGAAUCUGAAGACAAUAACUUUGAUUUGUAUUUCUGAAAUAGCCUCGAUGUCCAGUUAUAUUUAUAUGAAGCUUGAGAACAUUAUAAAUAUAUGUUUUAAUUUCUUCUUGAUGUUCGCUCACAGGAACAAUACUUCUAUUGUACAGUCCUGUACUAUUCUAUUACAUUCUACAGUCCUGUACUAUUCUAUUACAUUCUACAGUACUGUACUAUUCUAUUACAUUCUACAGUACUGUACUAUUCUAUUACAUUCUACAGUACUGUACUAUUCUAUUACAUUCUACAGUACUCUACUAUUCUAUUACAUUAUACAGUACUGUACUAUUAUGUUACAUUCUACAUUACUGUACUAUUCUAUUACGGUACAUUCUACAGUACUAUUCUAUUGCAGUAUACUGUACUAUUCUAUUACGUUAUACAGUCAUUAUAUUACAGUACUGUACUAUUACAGUAUACAGUACUAUUCUAUUACAGUACUGUUUAUUACAUUACACAGUACUGUUUCUAUUCUAUUACAUUAUACAGUACUGUAUUAUUAUGUUACAGUACUGUCAGAUGAUACACAUAAUAUGUUUACUUGAUAUUUUCAUGUACAUUUAUUAUUGGUUUUAUGACAAAGUUAUGGUAAUAUUUUGCCUCAAUGUUCUGAUGCAACAUUUCUUAUCACUUUGUAGUGUCAUUGACUGUCUGUGGUGACUGCUAUUUUAUUAAAUCGAUUACCUAACGUUUAA